AUGGUCGACACAGAGAGCCUGCGUACAGCGUCUCUGUACAUCAACAACCAACUUCUCUCACGAGGAUUGCUGCGCGACGGCGACACAAUCGACUUUGCCAGCGCAGGAAAAUGUAGCGAGGAUAGCGCAGCCCUUUCGGCGCGCAUCAUUAGCAUUCUGAACGACUUGAUCAUCCGGCGAGAUCGAGAUGCCGAACAUCGAGAGUCUCUUUCCACGGCGAUGAGAGCCCUGCGUGCCGAAAACUUGAAGCUCACAGGCGAUACGACUCGUUUGGCCGAAAGACACGCAGAGGCACAACGCAAAGCCGACAUUGCAACAGCAGCAGAAACCAUGCUGAGGACGCAACUCAAGUCGGCAGAGACCAACGCCAGGGCGCUGAGAGAAGACGUUGCGCGUAUGAAGUCGCUCGUCGCGCAGUCCCGAGCUUCGUGCGCCACAGAAGUCCGCAGGCGCGACCGCCAAAUAGACACCUUGAAGAGACAGCUGGGAGAAGCCGGCCGCUCGCGAGGCUCCAGGGGCAGUCCGGCAGUGACGACGGUCACGGUGACUGGCGAAAUCGGUGCAGAAAAGGACCGUGAGAAUCUGGAACGGGGCUUGGCCGGCCGCGAAUCCGCGCUGCAGAGCGAGACGAAUACAACGCUGUCCAAGUUGGCGCAGCAGCUGGCCGAAGAAAACGACGCACUGCUGCGUGUGAUGCAGCAGGCGAUGGUGCAGCUACGCGACAUGAGCGGGUGCGCGGAGGAUAGCAAGGAGCAAGCCGAGGUCGACAAGAGACCGAGUUGCGACGAUGUAGCGGCGGACUUGGACGUGAUCAUGGGUCAUAUGAGGACGAUAUUGACCAAUCCGUCGUUUGCCCCCAUUGAGGAGGUCAUGGUUAGGGAGGAAGAGAUCAACCGGCUCAAGACGGGUUGGGUGAAGAUGGAAACCCGGUGGAAAGACGCAGUGCACCUGAUGGACGGAUGGCGAAAGAGAAUGGCCGCCAGCGGCAAACCUGUCUGUGACGAGGAACUCCGGAUUGGCCUACGAUUAAGCCCCGUGCGUGUCAACGAUGUUGAGGAAACACGAGGCGCCGGCAUGGGGCUAUCCGUCGUCAAGGAGGAGUCGGACGAACAAACACAAGACUUGAUGCGCUCUCCUUGUCCGGCUGACGAUGAUCGCCGUCAGCUGAUAUUCCAAGUUCCUGGCGACGGGUACGAACCGGCAGUGGAGGACUAUGAAAGCGAAACGACGGACUGUGAAGAAGAUGUUCCAGCCGAUGAGCGUGUCGCGGUCACAGACAACAAUGGCACGUCAAGCGGCACGGGGCCGGGGCCGGAGCCGGAAUUCCAGCAUUCGGAGGACUCCUUGGAAUCCAUACCUCUGCCCAGCCGCCUCAGCUAA